AAACAAAGAUCAUUUACGCAUGGAUGAUCAAUUGAAAGGAUGCGUACAGAGUGACGAGACGCCGUUGACGAAGUAUCCGAGGAUAUCGCGAUGGAGAAAGCGCGGCGCAGGUCGCGUAACUCGCGUGCAUCCAACCCCCGCGGAUUUUUCCUCGCCCGCGCGCGAUUUUAUUCUGCGCAUGGAAAGCAAUUUUGCCCAAUCAUAAAUAGGGCUAUUGUGGGGGGAUGGUGUAUGCUGCUGGCGCAUUUCAUACAUCCGAGUGUAAUGGUAACCAGAUAGAGGCGUCGCGCGGGGCUAUCGGCCGGUUAGCAUCGUAAAUACUUACUACUUACUUCCGGUGAAAAAUUUCGUCUCCCUUCACCUUAUUCUUUUUCCCUCGUUCCAUUUCAUCCCUAUCUUCAUAGCAUCAUUAUUUUUUUUUCUAGUUUUCCAUCUCUUUUUAUCUGUCCCAUGCCUGGUUUUUUUCUAUCUCUCUCAUUGUUUCUCUCUCUCUCGCUCUCGCGCACAGUAUUUUUUUUCUCGCGGCGUGGAAAGCUUACGUAUGACGUACUCUGUGCACGGAACGGAAGUAACACGGCGUGAUGCACGACACGUCGCACGCGCGCGUGCUCUCUCUCCUCUCUCUUUCUCUCUCUCUCUCUCUCUCUCUCUCUCUCUGUCUCUCUUACCUACGUGCGUGUGUGUGCUGCGGUAAAUCGUGUUUGUGCGUGUGAGCGUACACAACUGAGCGAGUGAUCUGUGACGUCAGUGGUCCGAUCGGUUGUCACCUGUCAAGUCAAACUUGUAUUCCUCGAGUCUUACCUCGAAACUUUCUCACUCUCUUUCUCUCUCUCUCUCUCUCUCUCACACGCAUCCUCCUUUCCCUCUUUCUCUCUCUCUCUCUCGUUCGCACACACUCUUUCUCUGAUGUAACCCUUCUUGACGUUCUAGUGUCCUCUUUUCCACCUACACACACGCGUUUCCAUCCCUAACCGCAUCUCUAUCUCUUGCCCUCUUACUUUUGCUCUCUCUUUUAUUCCGUUGCACUCAUACUAACCAGCCUCGUGCCGACCACGCAAUCCGAUCCAUUUCUCUCCCCCUGCUGUCUCCCUCUGCUCCGCGAGUACCAGCAACUAACCCCCUCUCUGCUUAACCCUCGCGGUUCCUCCCUCUCGCCCUGUCGUUUCUUCCAUCCACCCACCGUUCUCUCCCCCGCACCCCUAUUUACUCCCCCUCUUGCUCUCUCAUCACUGUGCCAGCUUCCAUCCUUGCCCACCCAUUUUCUCUCACUCUUUUCGGUUGGUAGAACCAGUGGCGUAGCCAGCAACGGGGAUUUCCCUCUUCGCUGGAAGGGAAACGUUUCCAUUCAUCAUAAGAUACGCCGCGUCGAAUAACCGAUAUUACCCGCUAUGAUAUUCAUCCGUAACCGAUAUAUCUUGGAAAAUAGAGAAAGAAGAGUAUAUCUAUAUGUCUGAAAGAGAGAAAAAUACACAAGGUACCAUAUACAUUUAUCUGUCUUACAAAUCCAAGAAAUAUCAUCGUGUGCCACCCCCUCCCUCCCCCCUGACGUAUGCGCGUAUACGUGAAAGAGUUCACUCCGAGGGAUGGAAAACGGCACAUGCUCGAGCUACACCACUGGUCAGCUGCGUGUAUCUAUUCGUCCAUCUCUUUCGAGCUUCGAAAGUGCUCUCUUACCGCGGCCUUCCCUUUCCCCCUGUCCAGGCUGGUAGCAGCCACCCCCGCGCGCGUGGUGGUUCGCCCUUCCUGGUCGCCUCUCUGUCGGGCCGAAAAGCGUCGCUUUGAAGCAACGAGAGCGCGACUGGCACCCACACCAACUCCUCCCACCACCCACUUCGCGUUGGUCGCCGGGCUUGCCACCCACCGAUAUACAGCCCGCUCGCUCCGCUCGCCGCGACGACCGCAGACACAAAAACAAUAACAAAUCGAUUCGCGAGGGCAAUGGGAAGGGGUCAACGAGAGGUAGGACGACGAAGAAGAGAGGCACGGGGGAGGGAGAGCGGGGUAGCUCUAUGGAAUAUGGGAUCUGGAGUUUUCACGCCGCGGGUGAACUUUGGGGUGACCCGCGUCUCGCCCGAAGGCACCCGAUUCUACCACCAAGUGCGACGCAGUUGCUACCGAGGGCCGCGUUCGCCCUGAGCGGCCUCCACCGACCGGACAUGGUGCCGUUACCGUUGACUUCCGCCGGGCCGCCGUACGGACCUAUGGAACUAGUUACGAAACGGGACGGCGAACAGGAUGCCGAGAAGAACGAGGAGAAGGAAGAGGAGAAACAGGACGACAACGAAGGGAACAUCGAACGAGCGGACGAGAAUGAUAAUCAGACUUCCACGCCGAAAGAAACUAACGACAAUGAGGACGCCGGUGAGGAAAGCGAUACUGGAAGUACAAACAGCUCGCAUCGCUCGGCCAACAAUAAUUUAUCCACGAAGCUGCUCGACCCCAUGGCCUAUCUGACUUUUGACAAGGAUGGAACAGUUACACCGGUUCUAAAUGGCUGGGUCCUCGGUGCUUACACCGCCAUGCUUGGAAGGCUUUCAGCAGCGACCGCGGCCCUCGAAGCUACAGAAAUCCCAAACAUUCCGUCUGACAGCGACUCUGAGAGCGAGCAUUCGUCUUACACCGAGAAAUCUCGAGGUAGCAGCCCGAACGUGAGCAAUGCGCAUCGCGGUUAUUCCUGUGGUUCCUGCGACGUGGUUGCGCCGACGAGGCCAGCUUUGCGAAAGCACAUUGUCGAUUGUCAUCCGCCAGUACCCAGCGCGGAAACUGGGGAAACGAAAAGUUGUCCGUCCUCGGGCUGUGAUUUCACCACGAACAGCAGAUGUGAGAUGGAGACUCAUGUGGCUGCGCACGUGGCACAGGGGAUGACACCCACAGGAAAGAAGCGUACACUGGCUUUGCAACGCGUCAGGUAUAGAUAUGAAAGGGAGGAGUAUCGGUGCUCGUUGUGCUCGUACGCGUGCACCAUCGAGAAGGCGUUCCAGAGGCAUUUGAGAGCACACGCGAAGGGCACAGCGCCGGAAACGAGGGUGAGCUGCGCUGUCUGCGGCGCGGACAGAUCGUCGGAAGUGGAUCUGAGCAGGCACAUGAGAAGGCAUCGCGACGACCGAUACUUCUGCUGCGACAUUUGCAUCUUUCGCACGGUGCAGUUGAAAAAGCUCAUCCAACACCGACGAAUGCACACGGGCGAGAAGCCGCACCUUUGUCCACAUUGCGCGUACAGGAGUGCACGUCGUGACAAUCUACGUAGUCACGUAAGACGAGUGCACAAAAAGGAGAAUUUAUAUUGCGAUACGUUCAGUCCACGGGGCAUGCUGUUGACGCCUACGAUCGGGAGAGACAGCCCUCUACAGAGCCCGGAAUCCUCGCCGUCAUCUAACUCGGAAUCCACGAACUAGCGAAGCAACACGCGGCAGGAAGCUUGAAGAGGAAUCUCGAUGUUCUCGCCGGGGAUCGAGCGGUUCGUCGUCGUUUUACACGUCCUAACUUUGUCAAUACUGCGACUUAUAAAUAUUACAAUGGGUGGAGAGAAGAUUUUACAUUGGCAACGAAGAUCGUGUCUGUCGCUGUUUUAGCUGCUUCGAGAGGAGAAGCGUCACUGUCACUGAUCGCUUGAAAAAAUAUACCAUAAUUUCGGAGUGUAUAAUUUUUUAAGAGGUCAGACGAUCGGAUCGGCAACUGAAAUUAACUGAAAUUAACUGAAAUUAACUGAAAUUAAAUUUAUUUAAGCAUUUUUUUUUUUAAAUGGAUUCAGUUUGGCUGAAAGAUAGAGGAAACUUGAAGUUACAUAGAUACUUAAUAUUUGCAACGAAAGAUUUAGUAACGGCGAACAUAGUCAGAAGUUGUGAAGUUAUGGUAAUCUUAAAGUCUCAGUCUCGUCGUUUCUUGAAGAAAUUCCAAUGUUUAACUCGAGCUAUAUUGCACAGUCUUAAUAAUAGAUAAUGCAAUACGCGUACGAAUAAAGUCAAAAAGAAGGAUAUCGAUGAUAGAGUGCAACUUCUGGCUAGUCACGAUCGACCUUGCCCUUAAUUAAUAGGAAUUAUGUAGAGAAUUGCAUGCGAACGUCGAUAAUUCAAUCUAAUCUUCGAAUUCUAACGUGAUCUUAUUAUUAGCCGAUUUAAUUAUCGAAGUCUCUUCGUUGAUCAGAACGUUGAUGAACGAAGCUAAAGCUGCGCAAUGGUGCUAGAAUCGUAGACUGGAUUAUAGAGGAAGACUGAAAGUAGAUGCUUUCACGGUGUGACUGUCCUUUGUUUCACCUUACGCCGUGAUUCAGAUAUAAAAUCAGCGAUUAUUAAGACUGCUGUCCUGUACUGAUGGCCAAGAGAUGCUCGUGUUGCAUCGAUACGUUUUACAAUUAAUUAAUAAUCGAAUACCAUUCGAAAAGAAAAAUCAGGAGUUCAGCAGUCAAGAUGAAUUUCAUGUGCAAAUUACAGGAGAGAAAUAAGUACACAUACAAUUUUAUUGAUUUCCUGAUUUUAACAGCUCUGCACCUUUAUGAUUAAAGAGGAGAAUUAAAUUUAACACGACACGUCAGAGUCAUUAUAAUUAAUAAUGUUUAAAAAAUUUUUGAAGAAACAAGAAGUAAUAAUUUAUAAUUCUUCUUCGUCUGUACUCUCCGUGUUGGAAUCGUUGAAUUAAAUUUGUAAAAAAAAAAAAAAAAAAAAGAAGAAUUAAACGUAUCGAUAAUACUGUAUUUACGUAACAGAGAAUCUCUGUGGCCUCUGGGAAAGGUGCUAUUUUGCAAAGAUAAUUUUACCGUUGCGUCCUUCCAUAUUUAAGCUUCUGCUGCACUUAUGAUUGUCCAGCUAUCGUAAUUAUGAUCGUUAACGGUAUUAUUGAUAAUGAUAUACAUUGUUAUUCUUAUUACUGGUAUUAGCGUAACGCGACUUAUGGUACUAUUCCUACGGGAUAAUCGGAAUCGCAACGAUAUAUGUUACUAUGUAAUAGGCGUGUAUACGGUGUGUUCGUUAAUUGAGGAAAGAGUAGUCCGUGGGAAAUUUUAUCGAAUUUUUCAUAGAGAUAACGAUAAGCGGCGUGAAAGUCUUCUGUUUGCCGUCGAUGAAUAUAAUAUAUGUUCGCUUUUAAAUAACUGAGGUAACAAGAGAAAGAGGCAAAAGAAUAUGACGAGUAAAAAUAUAUGACAACAGCGUCGUUCAACGUUUUUCUCACGUGUUAAAUGAAAACCGAAAAAAAAAAGAAAAAAUACAAAAAAAAAAAAUAGCUAAGGAAUCGUACAAGCGUGUGCAUUGAGCACAGGAGUGCAGGACUUUCCAACGAAACUACAAUACGCAAGCAAAUUUCUUAUGUGUCUCAAGUAUAACUCUAAGUCGAAAACCUAUGGUAGUACCAAAUGCAAACUAUUAAACAAUUUGUCGUCUCUGUAAUAAGCAAAUUCACCGGCGUUCCCUCGGGAGUGUCGGUUUUACUCUAUCCUCACUUGACGCCUAUGGAAAUUAUUAUUAAAAUAUCCGCAAAUUUUUUCUCUCUUUAGGAUCGAUGACCGUCCCCGAAGAAAAUGAAAGAAAGAAA